AUGCCGUUCCCCUCUGCUAACUUUGGGCCUUUAAACCCAUUUAGUGUACCGUUCGCUCCUUGCCCUGAGCAAAUAACGGAUCCGUUCAAAACUUUAGCAAGUUUGUCACAAGCCGUGGGUGAUAUUAAGGCUGAUCUAUGGGAACAGGAUGGGUUUGAAGACAAGAUACAAUUCAUUGCAAAACAACAAGAAGACAGUAUAGCGGAGAUAGACAGUCUAAAAUCUGAAAAUGCAUCCCUACGUAAGGAUAUUGAAAUGCUAAAAUCUGUUGUAAUCAGACUUGAAAGAAGAGUCACAGAACAAGAAAAGGAAAUUAUUGAUCUAAAGGGACGAUCCAUGAAAAACAAUAUCCUUAUACAUAACCUGGAAGAAGAAGAAGGAGAAGAUCUAUUCAGCAAAAUUCCCCGCCUGCUUCAUGAAAAUCUAGAAAUAGAAGGAAUAGAGUUUGCUAAUAUCCAUAGGAAUGCGGGUGACAGAAGGCAAGGAGGUAAGCCCCGAACUAUAACAGGCCGGUUGGUGAGAUUUGAGAAUAAAGAUCGUAUAUUGAAGCAGCAGAGAAAAAAGAAAGAUGAAGGUGUUCAACUACCGUUCUACAUCACACCUCAGUCACCCGUUCAAAAAGAACAGCAGAAGCUAGAGGAAAUCGAAGUUAAACGCUCCAACACUCUCUCAGAAUCAGGAAAUCAAAUUAGCGCAGCUGCAGUUGAGGUAGAGACAUAUGCAAAAGUUCGGAACUUCUAUAGGAAAAUUUCCAUGGAUCCAGUUUAUGGGCGUGCCAAUCACAAUAUACUGGUAUACCGUUUUAAAGACAAUUCUGGGACUAUACAUGACGGAUACUGUGAUGACGGCGAAUUUGGAGCUGGAAGGAAAAUGCUUAAAAUUCUGCAAGAUCAAAACUUGACAAAUGUGUCCGUUGUGAUAUCGCGCAUGAUGGGAAAGCAUCUUGGUCCGAAACGCUUCGAUAUAAUGGAGAAAGCGUUAUUUGACGCCCUCAAAGAACUUUUGUAG